AUGUCCAGGGCAACGAGUUUUCAUCUGGAUUCCACGAAUGAGUAUGGCGAGGAAGAUCACUUCCAGCAUUCUGCUGCGGGGGAGAAUCGGCGGCUAUCGCGGCACAAAAUUACCAUUAGUCAUGGCAACGCCAAGUUUUUAAAGUACCAGCUGCAGGAAUCCCACAUGUUCAAGGUUGUUAUAGACGGUGAUGACGGUGGAGUGGACAUGCGCAAAGUUCACGAGCGCAUUGAGGCUGCGCUGCGUAUGCGACCCCGCUACAAGAAGGUGAAUGGGCGAAUCCAGAUGCCUCCGUUACCGUCUCGUGUUCGGAUAUCCCAAGAAAACGGUGUCUACAAACUGUCCGAUCAUGAUGUUUCGCCCAUGUACUCGUUGCAAUCGUGGUCCACCUUUGCGUCGGAUGUGCAGCAUCUACGACUAACUGUUGGGAACACCACCUGCAUUAAGGCAUGUUCGCAUCGGCUCAACAUUAUGCAGGAACGUUCCAGAAUGUUUUUUCUUCUUAAUGCCGACAUUGAGGAGAAGCACAAUUUCCGCAAGGCCGGGGGUGUUUUCUCCAAAGCCACCAAAGUGGACAAUUCGGUGUUGCUAUCACGCUCUACAGACGCCCAAGAAACCCUCGACUUUAUUUUGGAUUGGUAUAGUCGCUACCCAGACGCUCCACUGCGUCUCCGGGACGGCACCAAUUCGACACUUCGAGAAAUAUUUGAGGUGUAUGAAGUAAAGGAUCCAUCAAGGCUGACAGUGGAAGGACUGGGCUGGCGGCCGACACCUGGUAGCGUGGAAAACGCUGAUUUUGCCCUCGAUUCAGCCCCACUGAGCUCUGAACUGCGAUAUAGUUUUCUGCACUUACGAGGUUCAUGUGCCCCGCGUUUUCUACAGAAGCGGCUUCAGAGAGCUGAACAGCAGGUACGGUACGUUCAGGCAACAGAGUAUUCUAUUCCAUUGUAUGCCACAUACCCAAACGAACUUGCAGACAUUGCCAUGGUUUUGAACAAAAAUAACAUUGGCCCCUAUGGACGCAAUAUGUGGAUUUUACAGGUUUGCUUCAUGCGUAAUCCACCAUUCGGUGUGAAUUAUCCGGUGAGUUGCAAUACCAUCCAGGACCAACUUGACUUUAUCUUUUUACCCUUGUUUAAGGCGACACUGUAUCCCACAGUGCCGAAUUAUGCUACGCUUGCCUGGUUUCUUGAACAAGUUGGUGGGUUUGUUAUUCGACCACCGGCAAAUGUCUUGGAAGCAGACUUUGAUGAAAAAUCUCCCGUUCCCAGUGAAAUGCCGUAUGGCACUAAACCAAAUGAACUUUACUACUUGUAUUACAUGUAUGCCAAUUUGACGGUGUUGAACAGUUUGCGGAAACGCAAGGGCCUAAACACGUUUCAGUUACGUUGCAGCGGUGGCUAUCGAACCUCAAUGGAUGGUCUUCUUGCCGGGUAUCUACUGGGGGACGUUAUCACGCGAGCGACAGAAAUCAUGGAUUAUCCAGUGUUGCAAUACUUGUGUGGAUUACAUGGUGUUGGUCUUACCGUAAGCCCCUUGCAUGAUCAUAUUCAGGGGAUUGUACACUAUCAAAAUCAUCCUCUCCCAAAUUUUCUGCAUCGAUGCUUAAAUGUGGCAAUUGCUACCGAAGCACCCCUCCUUUAUCAUCACGGCUCAUCUCCACUGUUUGAGGAAUACGGAACAGCAAUGAAAAUCUGCGGCCUGAGUUUUCUUGAUCUUACGGAAUUGGCCCGAAAUAGCGUGAUGAUAUCCUCUUUUCCACUGGAGACCAAGAAGGAAUGGCUAGGGGAAAACUUUAACCGGGGAGUUGAGGGAAAUGCAUUUGAAUUGAGUCAAGUGACAAACGUCCGCCUUGCAUUCCGUGAGGAGUCAUGGGACUUGGAACGAGGCAUGCUGAAGGAUUUAUAUAUCAACCGAAGUCUCCCACGCGAAGCGAUAGGGUCGAGUCGUUGGCAUUACAUUAGUAAUGUGAAGGAGGUGGAAUAUCACACUGUGCUGGAUACGCGAGUUCGUUUUCCUCGCACAGUCCUGAAUGGCCCCCACAAGGAAGUAAAGUGGGCUGUCAGUGCCGCACGAGGCAUCGCCCGGGCAAUGGAUCUGCGCUUCAAGUACAUUUGGGAACCUCCAAAUCCGUGGGAGGUGACACAACAGCGCUCUGUGGAAGCCGAUUUUCAACGAAAAACCGACAGUUUCAACGAGGACGACUGGACGUAUGCCGCAAAUGACGCCGUCUUUAUUUCUUUCCCCAAAAAUGUCGUCCAUGCAUGGCCUCGACAGCUUCCAACGGUAGAGACAUUCCGCAACGAUUUAAAGGAGCUACAAGACAUUUGUGCAUCCUCGGAUGUGAAGGACUUUUCACAAAAACGACUUGAAAAUUUGGAGCAUCGGUUUCGCCUUCAUCUUGCCCUGAACCACGCCAACGAGGCGGGAACGACGGAGGAUCGUGUUUCUUCUAACCGCGAUAUUUAUCAGGCGGUGAAGGUUGACACGCACAUUCACAUGGCGGCCGGUAUGACCGGACGACAGCUUUUGAGUUUUGUGGUGAAGAAGCUCAUGUAUAGUGGAGACGAUAUUGCCACGAAGAGGGGGGAUCUGAUUCACACCCUUGGUCACUUCUUUAAGAAGAAUGGCAUCACCAAGAACCUGACCGUGGAUCAGUUGAACGUGCAGGCGGAUCACACCUUAUUUGAGCGCUUUGACAAUUUCAACAAUAAAUACAAUCCAAUGGAGAACCCGGAGCUUCGCUCAUUACUUCUGAAGACGGAUAAUUUUAUGAAGGGACGAUACUUUGCGGAGCUGAUUCAAGAUGUGUUUGCGCAGUACUCAAGGGAUCGCCACACAUAUGCUGAAAACCGUGUUUCCAUUUACGGUAUUAACAUCAGGGAAUGGGACAAUCUUGCACUCUGGUUUUCCACGCAUGGAAUGUCGUCUAAACAUAACAAGUGGGUCAUUCAAGUACCGCGUGUGUACAAGGUUUUUCGUGCACAGAAUUUGAUUGGGAGUUUUGGACAAUAUUUACAAAACAUAUUUCAGCCACUCUGGGAAGCCUCACUGCAUCCUUCCGAGCAUCCUUUGAUACAUCACUUCUUAAACCACAUGAGUGGGUUUGAUUCUGUCGACAAUGAAGCAACACUUGAUUUGCCAUUUUUACCAGUGUCACCAUGGGCAUGGACAUCCGUAGAGAAUCCUCCAUAUAAUUAUUAUUUGUACUACUUGUAUGCCAACAUCCGUACACUUAACGAAUUUCGGGCAUCACGAGGAUUUUCAACAUUUGCGUUGCGUCCUCAUUGUGGCGAGUCAGGGUCGGCAGAGCAUCUUUAUGGCGCUUUCCUCUGUGCAAACAGUAUUUGCCACGGCAUCAACCUUCGGGAUGACUUUCCAAUGCAAUAUUUGUUUUAUCUUUCGCAAAUUGGCUUGCACGUAUCACCACUGAGCAACAAUGCUCUCUUUCUACGUUUCUUGAAGAACCCGUUUCCGGAAUUUUUUCGCCGCGGUUUAAACGUCUCACUUAGCACAGACGAUCCAUUGAUGUUUCACCAGACACAGGAACCCCUUAUUGAGGAGUAUAGUAUUGCAGCACGCGUGUGGGGCCUUUCUCCCAAUGAUCUCUGUGAGAUUGCACGUAACUCGGUAUUGCAGUCUGGAUUUGACUACGUGUUCAAGCGAGAUGCCAUUGGAGAUCAAUGGUACAUGAGCUCCUCCCUUGGAAACGAUUCUCUGCGAACUCAUCUCUCUGACAUCCGUGUCGCAUUUCGGUUUGAGACAUACCACACAGAGAUGGAUAUUCUUGAAUUGUGUUCUGGGCGUCCCAUCAAGCGUUGCAUGCUCACAACGAAUCAAGAAGAGGAAAUCAAUGAGAAAAAUUUUGACGUUGGACCUGAGAAAGUCAUUCUGUCAACGCACGAUCAGGCAAUAGAAAUCAUGCUCCGCGAAGUUGAAACAAGGCGGGAACAACUGCGUGUCUCGCGGGUAAAGGUGGACGCUUUGCGUCGACAGCAAAAGUCGCUUGUGGAUAAGCUAACAGAGUUGGCCAUACAUCAACAGGAAAUGCAGGAGGAGGCUGAACGCUGCAAUCGCGCGGAGGCCUUACGCUACGAGCGGCGUCCUCCCACACCGCCUGAUGCGGCAUUUAUGACGUCUGAGCGGGCGACAGUGCAGCGGCUCCUUCGAUGGCGUCCAAAGCCAUUGGACGUAUUGAAGCAUACGACGGAGUCAUCUGUGCCGCUGAGGAACCCUAGAAGGUUGCCCAGUUUGACUGCUCCUAGCAUCGGUGUCCGGCGCACCAUUUAA